AUGGCUCGAAAACGAUCUGACAAUAAAAAAUGGAAAUCAAGACCAUCACGUAAGAAAAUUCAAGCUAAUCGAAACCGGAAACCAUGUAAAAUUCGUAAAAACAAUUCAAAACCUUCUCGUCCAACAAAACCAUCUCAGCAAAGAAGAAAAGUUGAAAAUCAUAAAAAUAGAUCUUGUACCGUUUCACCAACUUUUGAAGUACAAUCGAAUAUAGAAACGUUUGAUGCUCGAAUUGUACAUAAUUUUCUUAGUGAAAGAUAUUUAUCUGAAAUUCGACAAUCGUGGUAUUCUUGUAAAUGUUGUACUUGCGAACAUCCAUUGUGUAAUAUGCGAACAGCAAAGAAAGAACACGAAAAAUAUCAUGAUUGUUUUGUCGGUGAUACAAUUUGUUCAUUUUGUUAUGAUUUUAUUGCAAAAGAUGAUGUACCUUUAUGUCCACAUUCUCGUUUUCGAAAUAUCAUGGAAAUUCCCGUAACACCAGUGUGUUUAAAAUUAGGCUUUCUCGAACAGAGAGCUAUAGCACUCAUGCAUUGUUAUAUGAGUAUAUUAAUCAUUCGUGGUCAUCAAUCAGCAAUGAAAGGACAAGUAGUACAUUGCCAAGUUGAUGUUGCUGAUAAUAUAGACGAUCUUUUACCACUACCAAAAUGCUAUGAAUUUAUGGCAGUUAUUCAACAGAAACCGAUGAAUACAAAUGGUGAAAUAAGAUCAACAGUUAGAUAUUCAGUUAGUGCCAUUCAAAUUCUUCGUGCCAUUCAAUAUCUUAUUGAACAUCAUAUUGGAUACAUAAACAAACAAGUUCUUCCGUUGGAAAAGAUUGAAGAGAUGUUUCAAUGUCGAACAGAGGACGUUGCUCCAAUUCGAAUUAUUGAUUCAUAUGCGUACAAUAAUUCCACAACGUCUGCUCCGAUUAUUCUUGAUGCUGAUGAAGCCGUUCUUGGUCCUAGUCGUACUCUCAAACCAGGUGAAGAUCCUAUUUGGAAAAUUCAGCCUGGAAUGGAAGAGCGCAUUUUUCCAUGGAUUUAUCCAACAGGAGAAGGUAGAGAACUUGAUGCUAAACGACCUAUUCCACUUAAACUUCGUGAUUAUUGUAAACUUCGAUUAAUGUGUGCAGACAAAAGAUGGCAAGCAGACACAAUUUGGACAUUUCGAGCGAUGAAUUUGAUUCAAAGAGAUGAUCUUUGUACAGCAGUAAAUUAUCAUGCAAAAAAGCAAUUCAAGAAAGACCGUUUAUGUUAUAACAUAUAUCCAUCUAUUGGGAAAGCUGUUCGAGGUACAGCUGCUUUCUGGUCUGUGCCUAGAAAAAUUCUACGCUCAAUGUAUGCAACACUAUCCAAGCCAAAUAUUUUUUUGAGUAUUAAUUUACAAGAUGAUGUGGAAUUUUUGACUCAUAUUGAUACAACUCGAUUUGGUAAUGUGAACAAUCCAAAUUAUGAUGCGAUUGAUACUUUGCCUGAUGAUGAUUAUUUACAGCUUGUUAACGAGAAUAGUGCAUAUAUUGUCACAAAUUAUUUCUUUAAAAUUGAAUUUCAACGUGGUGGUCUUCCUCAUCUUCAUACGUUACUUUGGCUUGAUAACUUUCCUUCUAUUGAUACACUAGAAGGACGAAAAAGUAUUAUAGAAUUUAUAGAUAAAUUCUUGAGUACAUGCUUACCAGAUAAACAAGAAGAUCCCGAAGGUCAUUUACUUUCUUUAUAUGUACGUAGUAGUAAAGUUCGUGUACGUCGAGGACGCAAAUUUAAAGAUGAAGAAAUACAAAAAAAUAUUAAAGAAUCUCAAAUAAAAGAUAUCAAUAAAAAUUAUUUACAUCAAAAUGAAAUAUAUGAACAAGUUGAUCCAAACAAUGAUCCUGAUCUUUUACAAUUAGCAAAAGAAAAAAAGGAAUUUUUUGAACGAUUGGGAUGUCGUUUUGGAAGUCCUUUUGAAUUGGCUAACGAAACACAUUUUCGAACAUACAAGGAAGCCCGCAUAUUGACAAGAGGUGAUCGAGAUAUUAUUAUAAAAAGAUUAACUGAAGAAUCUAGACGAAUAAUUCCGUACAAUCUACACUUUUUGGAAAAAUUUCGUUGCAGUCAUGAUAUUCAAGUUAUUACCGAUCCAUGGGCAUCUGCAGAAUAUUUAUUUUCUUAUGUAUCAAAAGAUGCCCACAUGGAAAAAAAUUUAGUAUAUCAAACGUCAAAUUGUACUUGUUCGAGUCUUACGGAAGCCAAAGCAAUUUUUCUAAAAACAGGUAAUGCAAUACUGUCUCAUCGUCAAGUUGGUAAAGUUGAAGCAUCAUGGACAGUACUAGGCAUUCCUUUAUAUCAUUCAUCAAUAAGAUGCAAAAGUUUAUAUAUUUCUUUACCAUGGGAAGAAGAAAGAAUACUGAAACGUGGACGAACUCAGGUAACUAGCAUAGAUGACUUUGUUGAAUCACUUACGCAUCGAUAUGUGAAACGACCAUUUACUCCUUCUGUAAUUAAUCACAUGACUCUGUUUGAAUUCUUAACUUGGUUUGAUUAUGAUCGAUCUUCUUCAAUCCAAUUACAAGAAACAUUGAAAGAACCACUCGUUGAAAAUCCUCUUUGGCGUACUGACUUUAAUCAACCACCAUUACUGAAAACUUCAAAUUAUCUUCCUCGGAUCGUUUUGUCAUGUGGUUCAGUAUUGAUUCAACAUAAGGAACCAGCAUGUAUUAGUUUUACUUGUCGUUAUGACGAUUCAAUGUUGGCUAUGUACUCAAUGCUUUCUAUUGGAAUUCCAUAUCGAGACCCAAUUGAGGAAUUCCUGGGUGAAAAUGAUUUGAACGCUAUCCAUCAAUUAUUGCUGAAAAGUAAAUCCGAGAUAUUACAACGAUUUUCUACAUUACCUGGAGCUUACAAAAUACAAAUGAUCAAUGCAGUUGAACAUUUAUGUGACUUAAAUGCUCAUGAUUUUGUUAUCAAACCAGGAACGUCAUUUAUAUUUACAACCGAAGAUGAAGAAGACGUAGAUGAUGAAACAAGCAACAAUAUACAACAAAUGAAUGAUAGUAACAUUAUCAAGAGUAAUACAGAUUCCUGUAAGCAUGCUUUCUCUGAAAAUAUUGAUGAAGAUGACCAGGAACACGUGAAUCCCAAUGAAGACAUGACAAUCAAUUGCUCUUCUAGUCGUACUGAAGAGUUGCUAUUAUCAGCCAAUACACAACAGCUUUUUUUGGCAAAUUUUUUUAGACAAUAUCUUGCAGCAUUAAUGCGAUACGAAGAAAGCCGAUAUCGCUCUCAAAAAAUCUCAAAACCAUUACCUUUUCAUAUAGUUGUGAAUGGUUUAGCUGGCUCUGGAAAAUCCUAUGUUAUCUCUAUUAUUGAACAGAUGUUAAUUGAUUUUUGUAUUAGUGAAUCAGCUACUCGAAAUCGUCCACGUAGACUAAAAGGAUUACUUACGAUAGCUCAUACCGACAAAGCUGCUUUAAAUAUUCACGGUUGGACUAUCCAUACUGCUCUAGGCAUGGUAAUUGUUAAAUUAUUUUCAUAUAAUAAAUAUUGA